AUGGAAUUGUGUGACGGGGCAAUCAUUCUUGCGUGUUCGUUAUUGCGUCCUGGUGGUUCGCUAGUCAUGAAGUUUUUCACAGGAAAGGAAGAUCAGCUAUUGACCAAAAGAAUGAACUUUAUGUUUGAGAAAACGUAUCGUAUGAAACCAGAUGCUUGUCGUCUGGAGUCACGCGAGAUGUAUAUAGUUGGACGUCGGUUCCGGCGUGAAUUCACACCUACAGAGGUAUUCUCCGUAGGUGAAGUAGUCUAA